AAAGUUGAUAGAUUUUUAAAGAUUUUUAAUAUUGUAGAUUUUGAUGGAUUUUCAUGCCUACAAAUCCAUGCUCCAAAUCUGACCAACAUCCCAGGGAUUUUGCAGACUUCUGCUUCGAUUUGUGCAGCGGCCACACCAACACACACAGUGAUGGUCCAAAAAGGGGGAAAACAUUGAUACAAAUCACUUGUGCAGAAACUUCAAUCUAAUGGAUGAGAUUUGGGAAAAAGCCAUGGAGACUGCUUUGGAAGGCCAGACGGAUCCGUCUUCCGUCCGGAGUUUGCCCAUGGACGGUGUCGUGAAGUGCGUUCACGGCCGCUUGCCUCCGCCAUCGGUUUUUGAGAGAUUUCGGAACCUACGGCAUUUGUCUAUUGCAAAUAUAGGCGUCUCCUCUUUGGAACGCUUAACUCGGCUUCGGAACUUACAGAAGUUGAUUUUAUCCGACAAUAGAAUCUCCGGAGGGCUAGAUUUGGCAAAGCUCAAGCUUGUUUCUCUCGAUCUGUACGAGUGUUCGGUGACAAGGGUUAAGGAUUAUCGAUCAAGUGUUUUGGGACUGAUAGAGUCCUUGAAGUCCUCGAUAAAACUGAUGCGGAAGGGAAUGAGAGGCCUGAGUCUUAUGAGGAGGAGGAUGAUGAGGAGUCAGACGAGGAGGAUGACUACGAUACCAGGAGAGUGGAAGUUGAUUUUUAUGCUGGCCACCAUGACGAAUGAGCUCUCGCAAGAAUUCCGUGACAUGAAAGCACUCGAUAUGAUUGUUGGAUUGAGUGACCUCUUUGUGGGUCAAAGUGAGCAUGAAAGGUUCCCGGCUGCAAGGGCACACUGCAUGACCCUGAAGAAGGAUGAUGACACCUCCACUUCAGGGACUGAGAGAACGUCGGCAGUUGGCUCACGGGGAGGUUGAACUACGUGUGGGCAAUGGCAAAACUGUUGCUACUGUGGUUGUCGGCACUUAUAGUUUAAUCUUACCAUCUGGUCUUAUUUUACAAUUAGAGAAUUGUUUGUUUGUUCCAGCUAUUAGAAAAAACAUAAUUUCCGUUUCAUGUCUUGACAAGAAUGGUUUUAUCGUUUCAAUAAAGGACAAAUGUUGUU